UCCUAAAACUUCUCACCGCCUUGGCCCUGUCGCGGGGUUGAGCGGCAAUAUAAUUUCAACCCCGCCAUGUGAAUUUUCUUUGACGAAACGGAAUAAAACGAUGGAACAACUAACUACAGCCCCAGUUCUAUCAACACCGGAAGUACAUAUAUUCGAAGAUCCCACACCCUCCGAUAAGAAAGAUGAUCUCCCAAAACUUUCCGACGAAGAGUUGUUCGAUGUUUACGAGAUUUCGCGGACGGUGAAGGAGAUACGAGAAGGAGGAUGGAAGAAAAUAGCUUUACAAUUUUCAGAUGGCAUGUUAUCAGAUGCACCGAGAGUUUUCCAAGAACUGGAAAAUAGGCUUCGAAAAUUACCUAUUGAACCAGCUUCGAACGAAAUUCCAAAGACAGAAAGCUCAGGCCUAGAAACAGAUUUCAGCAAUCCAUCAGCGAACAUUCCGAACCCGAAUAUACGACAUAAAUUAUACAUAUUGGCAGAUACGUCUUAUGGUUCUUGCUGUGUUGAUGAAAUCGCAGCCGAACAUGUCGAUGCGCAGGUAGUCAUUCAUUAUGGCCGCGCCUGUCUAUCCCCCACUGCACGAUUACCUGUGAUCUAUGUAUUCACAUCUAGGCCUCUAAAUCUCGAGUCAGUCGUGCUAGCAUUUGAAAAUACAUACAGGGAAAAGGAUGACAAAAUUGUCAUUAUGGCUGAUAUCACCUACCACUCGCAUAUUUCAUCUCUCGUCAGCCUAUUACGAGACGGAGGCUACCAGAAUUUACUUGCGCCAGAAAUUACACACGAUCCCAGUGCGAUAAUACCGAAUCGAAAGUUGGAUGAAGGCAUAGAUAUGAAGGAGUAUAGUUUAUUUCACAUUAGUGAGCCACCGUCUGCGUUACUACUUACGUUGUCGGGGAGAGUCAAGGAUAUGCAUAUUUACUCUACAGAUUCUAUGACGGGAAAUGAAACGACGAAAACAAACGCGGCACGGGCGCUUAUGCGGAGAUAUGCUUUACUUACAUCACUAUCUUCCUGUGCCGUGUUUGGUAUCCUGAUUAAUACCUUAAGUGUAACAAAUUAUCUACCUACGGUCAAUUCCCUGGCUUCACUUAUACGAUCGAAGGGAAAGAAAUCAUAUACAUUUGUGGUAGGGAAGGUUAAUGCUGCGAAGUUGGCAAAUUUCAGCGAAAUAGAAGGAUGGGUAGUGGUCGGAUGUUGGGAAAGCAGUUUGAUAGAGGGGGAAGCAUUGUUCAAACCGGUUAUUACACCUUUCGAGCUGGAGUUGGCUUUACAGAGUGAUGAUGAACGAGUCUGGGGUGGGGAUUGGGUAGCAGAUUUCAAUGCCUUGAAUCUGAAAGCUUCUACUGCUGCUGUUUCAUCCGCGGAGCCUACGGAAUCAAAUGCUUUCGAGGAAUCAGAGAAUGUAGAUGCUUCCGGGGAUGCAGAAGAUUCCGAGGAAGAAUCAAUGCCUCCGGAGUUUGAUCUUCGAACUGGCCGAUAUGUUUCACACUCUCGACCUAUGCGCUCCUCUCAAUCGACAUCAUCGGAACCUAAGAAAAGCCUGGAGAAUGGCUUGCAACCCAAUGCAUCCAAUAAACUGGUCAAGCGAGCCAAAAUGGAGUUAGCGACAGUGAAUGGAGAGGUUAGCCCAGGCGCAGAAUAUUUGAGGGAGAAGAGGACCUGGACUGGUCUGGGUAGUGAUUUUGAUAAAGAGGCGAUUGAAGAGGGUAGAGAAAGAGAAGUAGCUGCGGUUGUGGAAGAAGGGAGAAGUGGUGUGGCAAGAGGAUAUACGGUUGGUGAGGAUGCCUCGCGGAGUUGAACAAAUGCUUUCUAGGUGGAAUUGUGAAAUGUCCAGAUGGCCAAAGUGAGCGAGGGCCUUGUUUACUAUCAAAGUCCCUUCUGCUCUUUUUCGAGCAUGAAGCGUGCGAGACGGCGAGGCUACCUGUUGUCCCAAAGUCGACAAAGUUUUGGCCAAAAGUGAUCUAGCCAUACGAGCCUGACCGACAUCAUGUACUAAACACGCAAACGAAUGUUUCGGGUAGAUUGAAACAACAGAAGAAACUCGGCGUGAGAUGGAGGUCCAAUCGACAACGGGUUAUGGGGCCACCAGACGAUUCACCGCUUAUCGAUGUAGGCAUUAUCAACUCGGCGAACAGGUACAACGAACAGGUACAGAUUGUUUUCCCCACAACCAUAUCGGUCGGUACCUGAGAAAGCCUCGAAUGAUUCUUGUGCUGGCAAACAAUAAUGGACCUUGACAGUAGUGGUGGGCUCUAUAUCCAACGGAUCCUAGAUCAAAAUCCAAAUUCCCGAGCAUCCGACAUAGUAACUUUGGUGCCUUUUCUAAGACGAUAAAAAUAUAUCCUUUUCUAAGACGAUAAAAAUAUAUCUUCCCGUUUUUGUUUUCGAGUUCAUUCGAUAUUAAAAAAAUGUUGUCACCCUGCAUUUACGUAGUCAAGGAUCUUUGGGCGCCAAUAACCUGCCACUUCUUUUAUUUGGUACACUAAAACCCAACCCCGCCAAUUUUCAUAGCACAAACAUAGAUUUUU